CUAAAUGUUUUUCAGCAUUUUAAAAUUCUUUGCACUACAACUACAACAAAAAACAAUAAAUGUUAGUGCUACUUUGCACAUUUAUAUGCAUUUACACAGUUUUUCAUGGCUCAUUCCCUGAAUUUGAUUUAGCUGCUGAUCUAAACCAACAUGUUAUUUUGGUUUUUGUGCAGAUAUUUAUUAUUCUAAGUAAAUCCCAAAUAAUUGCACUAAUAUGUGCCCCAUCUUUCCAUAAGCUGCACAGCAGGAUCUAAAUACACAUUAGAGUCUUAUUGGUGAAAAAUCAGGGCCAUGUGUUAAAACCCCUCUUAGAACCUUCUUAGUGUUGUAGUACUCACCAAGUGGCUUCAAGAAUAAAUUGUGUAACUGACCUAAGGGAACUUGUUAGUCGGUGCUGUUAAAAUACCCAGAGGAUAAGCAAUGGUCAAAAUGUAAAGGCCAAGGUUAUGAGGUUAGGAAAGGAUCACGGUUAAGAUAAUUCUUGUAUCAUAUGCGAACCCUCCUCAGUCAGAUUUUUUAACCAUUUGUGUUUUCUUGGACCAGCUUUUCUUUAGAUUUGCUCUUCACUUUUGUGGUUGUUGUGAGAUGUUUCUUACAGUAGGUGCACCAUGUAAUGUCUUAAUCUGUGACAUCGCCACUGUCUGUGGUACAUCACGGAUUUGUGAAGUGUAAGAUUAGAGCCCUAUGUCGUCAUAAAUCUCUGCUUCCCAAUUCGGCCGGGUGGUGGCGGGUGGGGCAGUUGCAAGGUGUUGUUUGUGGUCUGUGGAUUUGUUGGAUAAAGCGUUUGCUCCUAAGUACGGUCAACUCCAUCAAGUCCUUUCAGAUCAGGAGUUAUUUUCUUCAUUUCUGUGGCUUGAUGCCAGCUCAGGUUUUUCUUUUUUGAGAGCAGAUAGUUCUCCGGGUAGACCCAGAAGUUUUUAAGGUGCUCUGCUGAAGUUCUUCAUCAUGAACUAUUGCAUUCCAGACAUGUACGAGAUGCCUCACACCGGCGUCGGAAGCUAUUCAGUGCAGGGAGGUGGGGAACAUUGCAUGUACUCGGGCGAAGGGUCCGGCUAUGGCAACUGUGAGCCUCAGCCGCUUCAUCAUCCACCCUGCAUGGAGCAGGCUUGGUCCCCCAGCCAGCACUACUCGUGUUCCUACGCUGCUGGUCCUUCUGUUUUUAAGAGUGAGUUUUGCAGCAUGGAGGUCCCUCUCAGUCACUUCCACCAGCCCGAGUACUUUCCCGAGAUCAAACCUGAAUUUUCACACCUGCGGUGGAUGCAGGGUGCGCACAGGAAAGGGUACAUACCAAGUUACCUGGACAAGGAUGAGCUAUGCGUAGUGUGUGGGGACAAAGCUACAGGCUACCACUAUCGCUGUAUUACCUGUGAAGGUUGCAAGGGAUUCUUCAGACGGACAAUCCAGAAGAAUCUCAAUCCAACUUAUGCCUGUAAGUACGAGGGCAAAUGUGUUAUUGACAAAGUGACCAGAAACCAGUGCCAGGAAUGUCGCUUCAAGAAGUGCAUUGCAGUGGGAAUGGCAACAGACUUGGUGUUGGAUGACAGCAAGCGGCUGGCCAAGCGGAAGCUAAUCGAGGAGAACCGAGAGCGCCGUCGGAGGGAGGAACUGCAGAAAACGGCGUGGGACCGACUGGAGCCCACCCAAGAGGAGUGGGACCUCAUCCGUAUGGUGACCGAAGCCCAUAUGGCCACAAACGCCCAGGGCAACCACUGGAAGCAGAAGCGGAAAUUCCUGAGUGCAGCGGGGGUGAAGGAAGCUAAGCCUGAGGAUAUUGGUCAAGCGUCCACGGGUAAUGCACCUGAAGGAAGUAAAGUGGACAUAGAAGCCUUCAGUCAGUUUACAAAAAUUAUCACCCCUGCCAUAACCCGAGUGGUGGACUUUGCCAAAAAACUGCCUAUGUUCUGUGAGCUGCCUUGUGAAGACCAGAUCAUCCUGUUGAAAGGCUGUUGCAUGGAGAUCAUGUCGCUGCGAGCUGCUGUUCGCUACGAUCCAGAAAGCGAGACCCUCACACUCAACGGCGAGAUGGCAGUGACACGAGGUCAGCUCAAGAACGGAGGCUUGGGCGUAGUCUCAGACGCCAUCUUUGACCUUGGCGUGUCGCUGUCCUCCUUUAACUUGGAUGACUCUGAGGUGGCUCUUCUGCAAGCUGUUAUCCUGCUUUCAUCCGAUCGUCCAGGCCUAACUAGUGUGGAGCGAAUCGAGCGUUGCCAAGAGGAGUUCCUGUUGGCCUUUGAACAUUAUAUCAACUACCGCAAACACAAAGUGGCACAUUUCUGGCCCAAGCUGCUAAUGAAGGUGACAGACCUGCGGAUGAUCGGCACCUGCCACGCCAGCCGAUUCCUCCACAUGAAAGUGGAGUGCCCCACCGAGCUGUUCCCUCCUCUGUUUCUGGAGGUCUUCGAGGACUGACCAGUGGAUUUCUGUGUGUGUGUGUGUGUGUGUGUGUGUGUGUGUGUGUGUGUGUGCGCGCGCGUGCGCCUGGGCACCCUGGUGGUCUCAGGGGUGGAACCAGCAGAAAGCCCGUCACAACGAACCUUCUAACAGCACUACUGAGUGUCACUUCAUUCCACACCUUAGAGUAGCUCUCUGGUCUAUUUUUGGAUGAAACCAUUCCUGACAGUGCGGGUACAUGUGAAUAGCUUUUUGACUUUUCUGGUUUGUUCUGUUAUUGUUGUCAUGGAUAUAACAUCUCACCUCAGAUUUGACUUUAGGUUUUUUGUUUUCAUUAGUGUACCGUUGCAUCAUGGUAAUCUUAUCAACACUUGUUUGUUCGUUAGAAGCCAAGCAUAUGUUGUAUAUUCCUUCCUUUAUGUUAAAAUACUCGGCUGCUCACCUCAUCUGCGACACGAGACGUCGUCAGCAAACCGUCGGCCCUUCCCCAAACCCGCUCCACUUUACCGCACCCGUGAUUAAUAUAUCAACCUUCGUCCAUCUGGUGAGUGUCCAGUCUGUCCGGUGCCUCGCCAUCCUACUGUGACCGUUAAAAUUGCGCACUCUAACGGACGGCAGCUCGCAGGUGUCUGCAAGUCUCUCGGCAGCCGCACAUUACGAGGUUAAGUUGUAACGCUGCAUUCCAGAGCUGUCGGAAAAACAAACGUCAGCUCAAGACACGCUCCGAGCGAGAAACCUGAGCAGGAUUUUGCGAUAUUAAAGGGGACCUGUGUGUCUUUUCUCAUUUGAUGUUGCAAUGCUGAUUGUUCCUAUUAAACCAAUAACCAAAGUUUCAAAUCAUUUACUAAAGAUAUGUAAACAAUCCCAGCACUUGGACUGCUAUUAAAUCGAGGUUUCCAAAGGUUUUUCUCACACCUUCUGUGACACUCGUUUGCUGCAGGCAGUAGAACUCGUCCUGAGCCAGGCUUCCCGAAGCCGUCCUAUUGGAAGAAAGUGGCUCGUUAGGUGAGGCGAACCUUAACGAGGCAGAGCUAAACAGGAUGUUUUUAGUCAAAGGAUAAACUGACAGUCUGCAUGAAGCACAAAUCUAAGGACACUACUCUGUUGGAGUGUCUCUAUUAGAGUAAUGAGUCCCUUCAAACUUCACACGGUGGCACUGCACACUGUAAACACAACUUCUCUCUGGCCCUUCACACACACACACUUUCAGCUAACAGUAAGUCUGCUUACCCAACCCUUAAAAUGAUAUGUGGCAUUUUGCAUAAAUACUGUUGCACUACAACAGCAUAUAUGGGCCAGCAAAAUAGUCAAAAGUCAGCUCUGUGUUUAUGAGCAGGAAGCAUCUUUGUGUCUGGUUGAAAGCAAAGAAUGUUGAUGAGAACGAUGUUACUAAAUCAGAGUGUGGACACUAAUAAACUGAGAGAGUGUGAGUCUCUCGCGUUGUCGUUGUUAAUUGCCUUUGGACUUAUUGUCAGACAACAUGACCAGUGCUUUGAUACUUUAUAGACUAAUGAUUAAUUAGCACAACCUCAAAGCAUUUCAUAUGCAACUCUGACAGAUUAACUCAAAAUGCAGAAGUUCUGUGCAGCCGUGUUCAAACCUGUACAGUGGAAAAAAUCUUGCUCGAGUUUCUGUUUGUUUGCCUUUAUUUCGACAAGAAACAACACAAUGAAACAACAAAACCAAAACUUCGAUGUAGACUUGAGCGACAGUGAAUGGAAUGCAGAAGCAGCGUUAAAAUGAGCCGCUCGUCGUGCCGGAGGCUCGUCACACGGUGGCACUGAGGCCAGGAUCGUCUGUGUGUCACAGUACUGCAUGUUGUGCCAAAACCAGGUGAACAAUGCCCUCAUUACAUCCUCCCUGCACUUCCUUAGUUGAGUAUAAAUUGGCUCCCUGUUGGUCCUGCCACACACAGGCUGUCCUCUUUGCUGUGUUUCAGUCUGCAGUUGGAACUUCAACUAUAAGACCAGCAUAAGAUUUCAGUGUUUCAUCUCAGCCAUGUUGCCUCAAAGUCAAAUAAUUAGUCAGCAUUUUUUUCUGUUUGUUUAGUGUCUCCGUGAGUGGAGGUGAACUUUCUAUUAAAGCAGCGAGGUCAUGGUGCUAUGGUGAGUUGGGGCUAUGGCUGAUUGAAGUGUAUUGUUAUUUACAUGUGUGAAUAAGAGCCCAGCACCCUCGCAGGAUGGCAUGCAUAUAGUACAGUAACACACAUGCACAUAUACAGAAUGUACAGUACAUCUGUGCAGCUGUUGUGCAGCAGCUGAUCAGCCACAACAAUAAGACUGGCACAGAUGCUGGGUCCCACUCUGGUACUGGCAGUGGUUUUCGGAGUGGGCCUCUGUCUGCCUCAGUUGGAGGGUUGGUAAAUGGGAGGGUUUACCAGCAGAGAAGACCAGUGUUCACCUGUAACUGGUUUUAGUGAUGUGGCUGAUUGGUGUAUCGCUCACACAGAUAACACAUGAGUCCGACUCCACGACUGUGACCGACCGGUGGCAUUCGGAGGCCAAGUAAACUGUAUGCUUCGCCAUCACCAAGGUACACUGACGAGGCUGGUGAGAUUGUGAAAAGUAGAACUCUUUCUUUGUUCUUUAGCCUCUGGUUUUGUUUUGUUUCUUGAAAAAGCCUCGGUGUGGUAUUGUCGUUUGCAAUGUGACAGACCUCGGCUCUUUAUAUCUCGCUUUUUCGAGCUUCACACUACUCCUCAAAGCAGCUUGUAUUUUAUUUUGUUUCUUCUCAUUUCUGUGAAGUGAUGCCUUUUUAUCAAAGCAAUAGAAUUGCUGCAGUGUUUGAAUGACCCGGACCUCACACAUAUACACCUCGCAAACUGUACAGAUUCAGAUAAAUGCACAGACAAUCAGAGGGAGAGGUACCCGAGCUCAGGCUGGCCCCCGUCGACAUGAAGGGCCGUGCCGGGCCCUGCUGAGACGGAGCCAUUCGGAAACGUAACGGUUGGCCACGUUUACAUGCACCCCUGCGCCUGCAGUCAGCAAAAGACUUUGUUAUGUGAAGAAGCCUUUGACGAAAGCUGUCAGAACAUGCAUCCAACAUCAACGUGCUAGACUCAUUAACGUAACAUAACCUGUUUUUCUUUGUUUGUUUUUCUAAUGAAAUGAAUGUGUCUCAGUAGCAGGGGCUGGCUGCACAAACACAUCAGAAGUUAGCUGACUAUGUUCAACCCAACAGUCCCAGGAUCUCAGCUCAGGACCUCAAUGUCCCUUUGGUGUGCUUCUGUUUGUUAGAACAUGUAGAUUGAACAAAGUCAUGUAAAAAGCAUCAUUUUUAUGCAGUAAACAUGGUUUGUUGUUGCACGUUCCCAGUUUUUAGGCUCUCUUCCACGUCUUGUUUUAACUAAAGACUUUUAGUCUAGUCUCAGGAAUUUGGCAGUGUAACUUUUCAGACAUUCAGCUAAAGUAGCAGCAACUAUUGUUUGCAGCCCGAAAAACAAAAAGCUGUGUUUGCUCUUUGUUUGGCCUGCCAGUCCUCCACCAAGACAGUUGUUGGGCUGUGAUUACCCGCUACCUCAUGGGCAGGGAAUUUUGGCCUGGGAAUCAAAACUGGAACUUUGUUACUGCUGUCAAAUGUAAUAACAGUUCCUGAGUUUGUGUAGAUGAUUCUGUUUUCCUGUGCAGGUAAAGAGACACUAAGAAAGCUGCACAGAUUUGAACCACUGAAAGUCCAAAAUCAGGUGAUUAACAACCUUAUGUUUAAUGUGUUUUUGUAGAUUUAACAAAGGUUUCUUUAGCAGGCUGAUGAUAUUGCUGUGAAACCACACCCCCUCUCUGAAGCUGCCCGACAGUGCAGUCAUUCUCUUUGGUGGCUUCCUACGCGACACGUCCGUUCAUGUUCAGGAUACUCAUUAUAACCAUAAAAUGAGCCACUGUGUGAUCAGGACAGUGACAGCCGUCAGUUUCUUUCACAUCUGCCCGUGUUCCUCCUUUCUUUCUAGUUUGUUGCAUUUUUCAAUUUGCUGACUUCAGCUGCAACGAGGGGAUUACUGAGACCACCUCCCUCAUGCUAAACAUACAGUUUAAAUAUUGCCCGAUGGUUUAUAGGUCAGUGUUGAGUGGCUUAACAAAAAGAAGAAGAAAUGAAAAUGGUCAAGUGAGACUUUGAAAGCCUUACAGGAUUACAGGCAAAACAUAAAGACAUCAAGGGUGGCUCAAAACUUUUGCACAGUACUGUAUCUAAAGCCUAGCCCUGUGAUUGGAUGGAUGGAGCCAGCCUGUCUGUGCAGCCAGCCCCAUUGUCAGAGUAUGAACUUGAAGGUAGAGACGUCUCACAGUUAUCAUAAAAGUCACAUAGAUACUGUAAAACUAAAGCAGGUCACAGUUAAAGAACUGCUGAGGAACACAGCAAUCAUGAAGAAGAAACUUCAGUAUUUUUGUAAAAUGUGUGCGUUUCAAACAGUGACCUGGAUAAAAAAAAAUGAGGUUAUUUGGUUUAUGUAACAAAAUAUAAAUAACCUGUCAGUAAUACAUUCCCUCAUAAAUGUAGUAAAGUCGAGCAGUUCAUAACAAUAAACCUGUCAGUUUUAUGGUUGAGACAAAUGAUGGCCUUGGUGUAGUAAUAUGUCAACAAACUUGUAGACAUAAAGUUAUUUCAGUCUGUGGACGCUCUAAUAUGAAAUGUGAGCGUUUAGCUUAAAAAGCUGAAGAGCAGCCGGGCUCUUUGACAGCUCCCACGUUCCUUUGGGUUCUCCCGAUGACUUUGUUGGCUUGGCAUGUUGAUCAGUUAUCUGAGCAUUUUACUGAAAAAAGCAAACCUGAUAAGUCACUGAUGAGACAGUGAAACCAAAACAAGGAGUUAAAACUUGCAAAGGUCUGCUGGAUAGUGAACUUCAUGAACAGUCAAAUAGUUCACAGCAGGACGAUGAAUGCAGCUUUAAUCCAAAAUUAUCAGUAUGUGUUUUUUACACUAUGAUACAAAUAGUUUCAUUUUUUUUCUUUUUUUGCGGGACAGCUAUAGAGUGGGCAUCCUGUGUCCUGGCCGUGUGCGUUGAGCACAUACGCAGAGCUGUGGUGCAUGUAAACGUCGUCAUUGCAGGAAUGCGAUGGGAACAUGUUUAUGUGAACAUGUGAAAGGUGGCCGUGAUCUCUCCCGUGAGUUGUUGCUCGUAAGGUUUCUCAGUUACAACCAAUAACAAGAGUUGCGCCAUAGAGAAGCUAUUUUACAGUACAAAGGAAAAGGAUGUAUAUUUUCAGACUGCAGAUUUUUUUUACAGAUGUUAGCAUAAUAUGAACAUAUUGUUUUUGCAUAGUGUUAAAAAGAUACAGUGUUGCUCUCAAAUGUAUUUCCAUGUCUGAUGGAGACGUAUUUAAAAAAACAAAUGAUAAAAACAGUUAAAUUAGUUGGAUUCACAUCCAAAAGAAACUACACAUGAGCACGUUUAGGGACACCGUGGUCAGCGGGAGGCGGUCAUCCACAGUCGGCACAGAUUUCUCUUCUCUCCUUGUGUGUUUGAGUGUCUUCUUGUUUAAGUCAUCUGUUUAAUGCAAACCGGGAAUUCGACCAGGAGGUGCAGAGAGAUGUGAAAGUGAAUCUGUGGCAGUAAAAAAGACAAAGAACAAAGAAUAUUGUGUUCCUCAAACGGCUGUUGGACAUUUUCAGCUUGGAGGACUGAUGAUUUUGAUUUUUCCUGACGGGCAAUGAUUGCAGAAUUUGUGAUUUGGCUCUUGAGAAUAAAGAUGGUUUUGACAGAA